UUUCUCCACUCCCAGUUAGUCUUUCCGCUACCAUCUGUUUAGCUCUACUGGCCGGUGCCUGAUCAAAAUACAAACAAUGGGAAAGAAGCACAAAAAGCACAAAUCCGAAAAACACGGAUAUGAAGAAUAUGGAGAGAAACCACUGAAGAUCGUGCUGAAAGUGUCCGGGAACGAAGUGACGACGGGAAGCUCGAGCUUAGACACUUUUUAUGAUGAACAAACCGCGGACUCCGACAAACCCAAAGACAAGAAGAAGAAGAAAAAGAAGGAUAAAGACAGGAGCUUCGGGACACCAGAGGAUGAUAAAGGAAAGAAAAGGAUGACUAAGAAGAAAAAAGGACAGGAUGGAGAAAAUGAUGACAGAGAGCAGCGAAGAACUCCUAUUCGUACAGAGCUGGAUAAAUUGGAAGCAAAAGAGCAGACUCCUUUGCAGGAAGCUUUGAACCAGCUCAUCAGGCAGCUUCAAAGGAAAGACCCCAGUGCUUUCUUCUCAUUUCCGGUGACAGACCUUAUUGCUCCUGGCUACUCUUUGAUUAUUAAACGCCCUAUGGACUUCAGCACAAUGAAGGAAAAAGUAAAGAAAGAGUGCUACCGGUCCUUGGAUGAACUCAAAAUGGAUUUCAGGAUUAUGUGUGAAAAUGCCAUGAUUUACAACAAACCGGAGACAAUCUACCAUAAAGCAGCUCGAAAGCUGUUACACUCUGGUAUGAAGAUCCUGAGCCAGGAAAGGUUGGACAGCCUGAAGCAGAGCAUAGACUUCAUGUCUGGCCUUGACCCCUCUGCCAAACAGCCAUUAAAGACUGAGGACCAAGGGGGCACAAGCCUGGACCAAAGUAAGGAGGGACCCACAAGCACGGAGAACAGCGAGCGCUCCCAGACGCCCAGCACACCCAGACAGGACAAAGACUCCAAGGACGAAGCAGCAAAGGCAGAGCAGGAGCUUGAGGAAAUGCGCAAGGUCAUCGAAGAGUCUGGAGGAAAGCUGACAAACAGAGUGCUGCAGUCUGAUUUGGAGUUUGCACGGCGGAGGUCCGAUGGCUCCACCACUCUCGGUAUCCUCAACCCAGCUGAUCCAGCAGCAGGAGAUGCUGGUUACUGUCCUGUGAAACUUGGCAUGAUGUCCAAUCGGCUGCAGAAUGGCGUGAACACACUGCAGGGUUUCAGGGAGGACAAGAGGAACAGGAUCACCCCUGUGUCCUACAUUAACUACGGGCCGUUCACCUCAUACGGACCCACCUACGACUCCAGCUUCGCCAACAUCAGCAAGGACGACUCUGACCUCAUCUACUCUUUCUAUGGAGAGGAGUCCAGUCUGCAGGGCUCAGACAGCUUGUCAGAGUUCCUGGCCAAAUCAGACGAGUACAUGUACAAACUGGCAGACAAUCUUCUGGAUGCAAUGACCAGUGGAGAGCAUUCAAGAACCCUGAAGGAGACAGCGGUUGCAGAGGAGCCAGCAAAUCCACAAGAGGACAAAGGUGACAUGGAGGUCGAGUCUGAAUCAUCCAGCAGGCUGAACUUGCUGCGCUCUGCUACGGGCCUGCAGAUGACCAAGAAGCUAACUGGGGAGGCCCUACACUUCCAGCAGAAACUGGAUGAGACUACAAAGCUCCUACGUGACUUGCAGGAAGUACAGAAGGAACGUCUGAGUGCCAAGCAGCCUCCAAACAUGAUCUGCUUGCUGGCCCCAACUGCCAAGGAGCUGGAGCUGGCUGAGAAGGUGACAGGAAAUCUGGCUGCGCUGACUGGUCAAGUAGCCCCAUGUGACGUCAGCAGUAUUUAUGGCAUCAGGAAGGCCAUGGGCAUCGCUGUACCUCCUGAGCCCCUCAUAGACCUCUCAACAGUGCAGGAAACAAGCGACCCAAUGGAGACGUAGUCCUUCAGUCCAGAUGCGGUUCCACUUGUUGCUGUAAAAUGAUGCUCCAACCUCUCUCAUUCUGUUUAUUAACUUAAGUUUUGUACAAAAGGUUUUUUUUUUGUGUGAAAUUUGUAUGCAUUUCAAUCAAUAAACCUUUUUUUUAUGAAAA